GUACUUGUUUGUUAGGGGAUACAUUUGCCCUGAACACUUCCCAGCCAACAAGCAGGCUGAUGCAAGUGGAAUGAGUUGAUUUUACCGGCGUCAUAGAAUCUGAAAGGUCCUGACCAAGUUGAAGAUGACAGACUGUCUGGGAGACGGGGCUGGGGAUAUGACCCCAAUGGACCUAUAUGAGAAACUAACAUCACAAGGAGACACGGUCCGAACUCUGAAAACUGAAAAGGCUGCAAAAGCUGAUAUUGACGCUGCUGUACAGUUGCUGCUGAAGCUAAAAGUGGACUACAAGCAGGUAACAGGUCAGGACUACAAGACUGGAUGUCCACCCUCAGAAUGCGUUGUUUCACAAGACAACGGGCCAGCUGCAGAUGGGGAGGACAUGGUCGACCCCUGGAACGUCUCCACCACCAACGCCAAAGGAGUGGACUACGACAAGCUGAUAGUGAGGUUUGGCAGUAGCAAGAUUGACCAAGAGCUGGUGGACAGAAUAGAGAGAGUCUCGGGACAGAAGGCACACCGGUUUUUACGCAGAGGAAUCUUCUUCUCUCACAGAGAUAUGCACCAGGUUCUGGAUGCGUAUGAGAAGAACAAGUCUUUCUACCUCUACACGGGCAGAGGACCCUCCUCAGAUGCCUUGCACAUGGGCCACCUCAUCCCUUUCAUCUUUACAAAAUGGCUGCAGGACACGUUUGACAUCCCGCUGGUGAUCCAGCUGACGGAUGAUGAGAAGUACCUGUGGAAGGACCUGUCCCUGGAGGACUGUCACCGUUACACUAUGGAGAACGCCAAGGACAUCAUCGCCUGCGGCUUCGACAUCAACAAGACCUUCAUCUUCUCUGAUCUGGACUACAUGGGGGCGUCCCCAGACUUCUACAGGAAUGUGGUGAAAGUUCAGAAGCAUGUGACUUUCAACCAGGUCAAAGGCAUUUUUGGAUUUGGCGACAGUGACUGUAUCGGAAAGAUUGCCUUCCCCGCCAUCCAGGCCGCUCCGUCGUUCAGUAGCUCUUUCCCUCAGAUCUUCAAGGGCAGAAAAGAUGUCCAGUGUCUCAUUCCCUGUGCCAUAGACCAGGACCCUUACUUCCGGAUGACCCGGGAUGUGGCCCCCAGGAUCGGCUACCCCAAGCCUGCCCUGUUGCACUCUACCUUCUUUCCAGCGCUGCAGGGGGCCCAGACCAAGAUGUCCGCCAGUGACGCCAACUCCUCCAUCUUCCUCACAGACACGCCCAAGCAGAUCAAAAAUAAGGUGAACAAGCACGCCUUCUCCGGGGGGAAAGACACGGUAGAGGAGCACAGGAAAUAUGGCGGCAACCCCGAUGUGGAUGUGUCCUUUAUGUACCUGACCUUCUUCCUGGAGGACGAUGAGCAGCUGGAGAAAAUCCGACAGGACUACGCCAGUGGAGCCCUGCUAACCGGUGAGCUGAAGAAGCGUCUGAUAGAGACCCUGCAGCCAAUGAUCACAUCCCAUCAAGAGAGACGCAAGCAGGUCACAGAAGAGACCGUCAAGCAGUUCAUGACCCCGAGACCUCUAAAUUAUAGUUUCUAGCCCGUGCGUAGCCAGUUUUAUUCAUGUGCUAAGUCCUGACACAAUGUUGGAGGUCGUCCUGGUUAAAACUCAGCAGGGGAGUGUUCAGCAGAGCACAACGUUGUGUAACGUUCAGAUAUAAAUGUUUUGUAGAAUAGAUGUGCCUCUGACAUGUAGAAUAAAGGAAUCGUUUCUAUUCUAUUCAUGACAUUUCUAUCUGCAACGUUCCACAACCUCCUACUGGAUGUGGCCCAGGUCUCAUCACAUGCGCCAUACUAGAAACAUGAAACUGAAAUGUGUCAAUGACAUAUCCCCAUGCUGAGCAGUUUGUGUCUAAUGAUUAACCAAUUAUGAUAUGGCUUCACAUCAAACUUACCAAGCAUUGACAAAGGAAGUCUUAUUUUGGUUUGUGCUAACAGCAAUACCAUUGGAUGAAUAAAAUAAUGUCUGUCUUGUGAAUCUUUAUUCAGUCAUUAAAUAUAUUUUAUUUUUUCACUUUA